GUUGAAAUCCGCAAAUUUUAUCAUGGCGGAUUUUGAUGCACAAAGGUAAAGACCGCUACCUUUCAUCGUAAAUUUUAGCCCGAUGUACAAUCUCGAUUGAAUAUUCGCGUGCAUGGUAGAAUUCUACUUAUCAUCUGCUAGUAUCGAUUAUUUUCACUAUGUCAAAGAAUUCAGUGGACACGGAUAAUAAGAGCGAUAAUGACCAACAAAUUAUGGAAGAAUCGCCCAGUAGGAACCUUCGCAAAAAACCUAGGAAAUCUUUGAUGGAACAUACACAAAAUGAUGAUUCGGAAAAAGAAUCAGAUCGGUCAGAAUCACCAAGACCGAAACUACCCAAAGUUGUAUACGAAGACGAGAGUGAGGAAGAUACGAGUGUUGAGCUACCUAAGAUUGAAACUUGCGAAGAUGCAGCCUUCCAGAGCCGUGUGCCUCCCGAUAAAAUGACCGCUUUAGAAGCGGAAUGCUUUCCUGAGAUAGUUGCUGCCGGCACGGAAUCACAACAAGUUUUUCUUCAUAUUCGAAACAAGUUGCUACUUCUCUGGCUGAGCGAUUCCAAAAAAGAGCUAACUAUAGAACGUGCUCUCUCAGGAAUUGAUGCUCCGUACAACAGCGAUGGACCUCUCAUCACUCGUGUUCAUUCCUUUCUCGAUCGUUAUGGUUCUAUUAAUUUUGGAGUCUAUCAACGCUUAUCAAGUCCAAAAGAACGUCGAGGAAAAGUAAUAAUUAUAGGUGCUGGCAUUUCUGGUUUAAUUGCUGCCAGGCAACUGGAAUCAUUUGGUAUUGAUACAAUUGUGUUAGAGAGUACUGAUAGGGUUGGAGGAAGAAUAAAGACUUUUAAAAAAAAUGAUUAUGUUGCGGAUUUAGGUGCAAUGGUAAUCACUGGACUAGGUGGAAAUCCGAUAACGGUUUUAAGUAAACAAAUAGAUUUAGAAUUGCACAAAGUUCGACAAAGGUGUCCUCUCUAUGAAUCCAACGGAAACACUAUUGUAAAGGAGAAAGAUGAAAUGAUUGAAAAGGAGUUCAACAGACUUCUUGAGGCGUCAUCGUAUAUUUCUCAUCAAAUGGACUUCAAUACAGCAAAUGGAGAACCUUUAUCUCUUGGUAACACACUCGAAUAUGUUAUAAAAUUGCAGGAAAAAUCAGUUAAAGAAGCGCAAUGCUUACAAUUAAAGCAAGUGGUCACUGAGCAAGAAAAACUUCGUGAGAUAUAUUCAAGAAUGGCUUUACUGAUAAAAAAAAUUAAAACUGCUUUCCAAUGUUACGAAGAAGCAAAUGAUAAAACAACAGAUGGGAAAAAGAAUGGAAAUUCAGAUGACGUUACCGUAAAAUUUUUAAAGAGAAAGAACCUACGAGAAUUAAAUCUGUCUGUCAAAGAAUAUGAAUCUCUUCUUGAGAAGAAGGACACUCUUGAGAAGAAACUCAAAGAACUUGAGGAAAAUUUACCGAGUGACAUAUAUUUAUCAUCUCGUGAUCGUCAAAUUCUUGAUUGGCAUUUCGCUAACUUAGAGUUCGCCAAUGCAACUCCCUUAAAUAAAUUAUCCUUAAAACAUUGGGAUCAAGAUGACGACUAUGAAUUUAUUGGCAAUCAUUUAAUUGCUAAAAAUGGCUAUUCUUCCGUUGCUGUUGCCCUCGCACAAAGUUUACCAAAUAUUUUGCUCAACAGUCCAGUUACAAGAAUUCAGUAUUCCAGGGAAGGGGUUACAGUAACGGCGAUGAAAAAUAAAGAAGCAGUAGUAUUUAAAGGAGAUGCUGUUUUAUGUACAUUGCCUCUAGGGGUGCUUAAAAAUGAUAACUGUCCAAAAUUUGAACCUCCACUGCCAGAAUGGAAACUUACAGCCAUUCAGCGCUUGGGAUUUGGUAAUCUUAAUAAAGUUGUAUUAUGCUUCGACAAAAUAUUUUGGGAGUCUAGUUAUCAUUUGUUUGGUCAUAUUGGAACAACUACUGCCUCUCGAGGCGAGUUAUUCUUGUUUUGGACUCUUUACAAUAGUCCAGUAAUUAUAGCAAUGGUAGCUGGAAACGCGGCAAGAAUAAUGGAAAGUGUCACGGACGAUGUGAUUGUUGGUCGAACAAUUUCAGUUCUUAAAGCAAUAUUUGGAAAUCCUAAUGUACCUCCACCUAAAGAAGCUGUAGUAACUCGCUGGAUGGGCGAUCCUAACUCUCAUGGAGCAUAUACGUUUGUUGCUACAGGAUCUUCCGGAGCAGAUUACGAUCAAUUGGCUGUUCCAGUAAAACCACGGUUAUUUUUUGCUGGUGAACAUACAAUUCGUCAAUAUCCAGCAACUGUCCAUGGAGCAUUACUUUCAGGCUUACGUGAAGCAGCGCGUAUUAGUGAUCUAAUUCUAGGAACUCCUUACACACUCCCUCCCAAAGCACCAUCGUUAGUUGUACGAUAA